AUGACUGAUGCAAAGAGUGGAUUUAUUGCUAGGCUGAAAGAACAGAUGCCUAACGCUCGUUGGGUGCAAUGCUUUCUCCAUCACCAAGCUCAUGCGGCCAAAACCUUCCCACAGGAAUAUAGCAAAGUUUUAAAUAUUAUUAUAAAGAUUAUCAAUUCUAUUAAAGGCAAAGCGUUGCAGACACAAUUGUUUCGAAUUAUUUGCGAAGAUAUGGGGGUACUCCAGCAAAAUUUACUGUACCAUACAGAGGUUAGGUGGUUUUUGAAAGGCAAAGUACUGACCAGAGUUAUGGAACUUCGUGCUGAACUUUUAAUAUAUUUACAGCAGGCUAAGCCAGAAUACUCUGAAUUCAUUUGCGACCCGGCACUCCUUUUGAAAUUAGCUUUUCUUUCUGACUUAUUUGAGCAUUUAAAUAUCUUGAAUAAAAGUCUGCAAGGGCGAGAUGAAAAUGUCAUCACUGCAAAAGACAAAACACAUGGCUUUACAAAAAUAAUUGACUUGUGGUCGUCGUCUAUAAAUCAAAAUAACUUCGAUUUAUUUUCGUCGACACCAUCUUUUGUCGAAGAAGUCGGAUGUGAGAUAAAUAUUAAGGAAUAUAUACCUGGUAUGAAAAUGGUGUUAGAUAAUUUGAAAGAAGAAUUGUGUCAUUACUUCUCAGUGCAAGAAAUAUCGGACAAUAAUGGGCAGAGGUGGAUCUUAAAUCCUUUCUUAAAUGCAGUUAUAAAUGAGGCUAAUUUGCCAACAAAGCUCAAAGAAAAUCUGCUUGAAUUAUCUACCGAUGGGAUGUUACACUUGGAAUUCAAAUCUGUUAAUAUGGAUACCUUUUGGUGUAGGAGAAAAACAGAAUGCCCGGAAAUAGCAACUGAGGCUUUGAGGUGUUUGAUUCCGUUUGCCACCUCGUACUUAUUCGAGUUGACAUUUACUUGUCAAGAAAACGCUUGA